AUGGCCACCAAAUUCGACGCUGAAAAAGCAGAGAACCUCGAGGACAUCGAGAAGCAGUUUGCCGUCAAGGCAGUGAACCAGGCCGAGGCCUACUGGAAGUUGAUCUCCAAGGUCAAGGCUUCUUCUCUCAGAUUGACCAACCACGACAACGAGAUCUUCGACGCCUUGGUGGAGGAGUUCCCUGAGUUCAAGACCAAGGAGGCUGCUUUCCAGAUCAACGAGGACGCCAUGAAGAGCAAGGAGGGCAAGGCCAAGUGGAGAGCCUUCUGCGAGAAGUUCAAGGACAUUGACGACUACAACUUCGGCACGCUUUUAAGAGUCAAGGCCGACGACGAGUACUCGCAGGAGAACUCGAUCUUUGCCGUUAGAAUUCAGUUCUAUGCUGUUGAGAUUGCCAGAAACAGAUACGGCUUGAACGACUGGGCCUCCGGCAACUAG